AUGACCGAACCGCAUCCCCUUUUCAAGCCCAACAAGCGGCACUCUGCCAUGUUCAACCACUCGCCCACGAGACAACGCGCCGCAGAUGACAUCCUCGUGCACAUCGCGCCCGCCAACGCGGUUGAGGCCCUCGCGUCGCCCCUGGGCGCACUAAAGGACUGCCUCGACGCGGCAUCUGCAGCCGAACGGGACUUUGCCAUGCGCACCGCCAUCGCCUCCCAAAGGAUAUGGGAGUGGGUGGACGAGCUGUCGGAAUGGGACUGGCCGGCUGCGGGCGGGUUCGCGGGCUUCGAGGGUGUAAAUGGGAAACAAGAAGAGCUUCCCACCAGCCCGACGCCAACGGAGCCGGCCCAUGUCCACUACUUGGGGAGCUUGUCUGCUAAGAACGUGGCAGCCUACGAGAGGAGGAUAGAGGACAUACAUAUCGCCAUGGAGGACCUCGAGCUCGAGGACAUCAAGAGCCAUGUCCUGCACAACCACAUCAUGCCGCUUUCCCGGCCCAACUCGCCCAUAAAGCCGCUGUCCCCGCAGGCGACGAUGGCAAGCUACAACAAGAUGGAGGACAUGACGGCCGUUAUUACCGCUCUCGUGGUUCAGACGCUUCCCAAUCUCGCGAAACUGUCGCGGCUGCUGCAGACCUGGACCGUACGGUUGCGUGUGCUUCACCGCGUUCCGCCCCUCUCGCUUGCCAUCGAAGACGCCGAAGUCGCACUCAAAUCAGGCUGGGCCGCCAUCACUCAGCCAUCCAGGAGAUCAUCGCAAAUAACCGGUGGCGACGAGACAAUAUCUCCGCCCGGGCUGAAGCGCGAAGACUUUGAGGUCAUGAAAAAGGUGCUCACGCAAAGGAUCACCAAGCCCGGAAGCAUGCUGGAUUACAUGUUGGACUGCCUCGAGGGCACGCAAGACACGCUGCCUGAAUCCUGGCUAGACCGCAUGGAAACUGUCGAGGUUAGCUUCAGCGAAUGGGUGGCAACCUGCGAGAGGAAGAUCCGCGAGGCAGACUGGACUGCUUCUGCCAGCGCCCGCGAGCAUUCCGCUGCAUCGCUCCCUUCUUCUGGUGCGACCAGCGGCCAAGAUCCUGUCAAGGGACUGCUCGUUGCUGAUGCUGGCUCCACGGCUGACGAACCGGACGUCGAUCAACACCCGACCAACGAUGAGGCCACAUCGUCCACACAGCUCGGACCACCCCGUGUCACCGUGGAAGAUGAAGCUGGAGCAACUUCGGACGCGAGCAGAGACCUCGUUUCUGACACGGCCAAGGACCAGCUACCGUCCUUUGAUCACCAUGUGCUGCCGGUUGAGGAGGAAGACGAGCAGGAGCUCCCGCCACUAAGGACCCAACCCAGCGACGCCAGCCUUGCAUCCCAACCAUCCAUCACUCUGCAAGGGGUCUCCAGUCAGUUUGACGCCCUUUCGAGCGACCCUCCCGAGGUAUCUCGCUCUCCCGCUUUGCCUAAGAGACGGAUCCGUGAGGCCACAUACAACGGCAGCCCGCCUAGCCCGCCCAGCUCGCCCCCGCUUCCCGCAAAUGAUCCUACAGACGGGCCGUCCGCACCUCCUGCAACACUUCUGGACAGCCCUUUCAUCGCACCCAUCGAUGGGGAGUCGAUCUUCCUCAAAGGCCCUGCUGAUCAAUCAUUCAUCGAUGAUUUUGACGACACUCUUUCCAUGUCGGAGCUGACGAGCUCCAUGCUUCGCAGAGAGAGCUCUGGAGACCAGCAGCUGCGGCAGCAGAUCAGUGACAUCAUUGAAUCGAUCCCAGCCAAGAUCAAGCUGUCAGCGGAGCCUCCGGCAGUCAACCUGAACCCGCCCGAUCUACAGCUCCCUCGACUCCGCAAGAAGCCAUCCAAGGAGCCGUACAGAAGGAGCCCAUCGGCACUGUCCGUCUUGUCCUCGCGGGCCGCGACACCAUCGUUCACGCUGUCCCCUGCAAAGAACCCUCGGGCGCGAAGCCGUGGCCAGCAGGAGAUCAAAGUCUACCACCUGUCAAGGUCGACUGGCGAACCCCCAAUCAAGCUGUUUAUUCGCUGCGUCGGUGAACAUGGCGAGCGUGUCAUGGUACGAGUCGGAGGUGGCUGGGCUGAUUUGAGCGAGUACCUGAAGGCCUAUGCUACCCAUCAUGGGCGGCGCUCAACCGGGCCGGACAAGACGAAGAUAGAGGUCCGAGGCGUGCCGAGGACUUCUAGCGGACUCAUGACCAGCUUGGGAUCCAGCCCGCCCAGGGCCAGGCCUGCCGCGCCGGACAGCUCGCCCGUGACGCCUCUCACCAUACACAAGACGCGCAGGGCCGCCGGGACUACCAACAACGAGACACAGCGCCUGAGGCCCAAGACACCGGCCGACGCCAGCCGCUCUACCGACAACGCCCCGUCGUCAGAGGAGUCGGUGCGGUCACGGACGAGUUCACGGUUCAGCUGGGAAGACGACGACAGCUCGUUCCUCGGCCUGGCCGGCCCGACGGGCAAGAAGGUUGAGAUGAGCGACGAGAGGCGGGCGUGGGUAGAGAGCAUCACGGAAAAGGUGCGACUUGCCAGCGGCGAGAGGCGCUCCUCAGGUGCGGAUGACAGGGGUCGGUUUGGCGAACUGGGCAAGGUCGGCGGAACAAAGAGACUGUUCCGCAAGACGGAGGAACGGAACUGGAGAUGA